UGUGAAGAGGCGCCUGCCCACGCCAUGUGCUUCCGGAAAUAACAAACAGACUUCCGGCCGCCUGCAAAAUAUUUCUCCUUGUACCGAGAAAAACUCACCAAUCCUGCCACCAAACUCAACUUUUACUGACUCUAAACAGGAAAAGGAUGUCUCUUGCGGCUAACGUUAACCCCACCCCGGGGCAGGCUGCAGCGCUCACACUGGUGGACCUGGGGAAGAGACUGCUGGAUGCUGCCAGGAAGGGUCUGGAUGAAGAAGUCAGGAUGCUCAUGUCCAACGGGGCACCCUUUACUACAGACUGGCUGGGAACCUCCCCACUCCACUUCGCAGCCCAGCACGGUCACACGUCCACUGCAGAGGUGUUACUGAGGGCAGGGGUCAGUCGGGAUGCAAGGACUAAGGUAGACAGGACUCCCCUGCACAUGGCAGCACAGGAGGGACAUCUGGACAUUGUGGAGAUGCUCAUCAAAAAUGGAGCUGAUGUAAACGCCAAAGACAUGCUGAGGAUGACCCCCCUCCACUGGGCUGUAGAGGCAGGACAUAAAGACAUCGCCAAGUGCCUGAUGAGGAACGGAGCUGAGCUGUAUGUAGAGAGUAAGUUUGAGAAGACGGCAUUUGACAUCACCAUGGACAAAGGAGAUGAUGAGAUGCUGAACCUACUCAGGCAGGGAAAUGUGAAUGGCAACAGUACAGAAAGGUUAUCUACGUCUGGCACACCCACCACCAUCUACCUGACACAGACCAGCGGGGCAGCCACACCGGUGUUCCUGCCUACAGCUACUCUGGUCACAUCAACAUCUACCAACAAGACCAACAGUGGGGCCAGAACAACAUCUACAGAGACGGGCUCAACUUCAGUACUGGCAACACUGGCAGCACUGGCCGAGGCCUCUGCACCCCUUACUACACCUACUACUGUACAUGGCAGUGCCCAGGAGGUUUUGUCCUGGCUGGAGUCCCAGGGUAUCCAGACCACCACAUCAGGAGCCUCCUCCCCUCACACCAUCACUAUAGAGAGUGGACAGACUCUUACACUGACCGAGGCAGGCAAACUGGCACUCAAACUCACCAAUCAGACAACAGGUAUGGCACUCAAACUCACCAAUCAGACAACAGGUAUGGCACUCAAACUCACCAAUCAGACAACAGGACAAGUGGAAGAAACUGCCUCUGAGACAGAGAGUCAGAGCCAGUCAGGGAUUGGUCAGAUGGUGGGGUCACCCUCAGGUCAGCGGGUCAUCACCAUAGUAGCAGACCAGGGUCAGAUCCCAGGGCUCCAGACCACGGUCAUCCCUACUCCUGCCACUAACGCACCUAUCAUGGUAGCUAUGGCAACAGGGGACCAUCAAGGUCCAGCAGUAGUGACAGUAGCAGCCCAGGAGAGAACAUCAGCUGGGAAUGUCUCCACUGACAACGACCCUCCCAGUAAGAGAAUGAGGGGAGACAGUGAUGCAGACAAUGCACAGCUCAACUGGCUCAAGGAGAAACAUAACCAGGAGAGUGUGGAGAGAGAGAUGUUACAGAAACAGCUGGAGGCUGCCCAGAAGGAGGCUGAGCGAUACAAGGAACAGCUGGCCAGGAAAGAACAGGAGGCAGAGAAAUACAAACAGAAACUCAUGGAGAUCAGUAAAACACAGACAAAGGACACUUAACUCACUUACAGAUGCCUUAUACAUGUACAUAGUUCUCAGUAGAUUACUGUAUUUGAGUAUAGGGGCCCCCUAUGCUGUGGUUGAAACCCCCUAUGCUGUGA